ACUGCAAGUGGCAACGUGGAAGCGAAAGUAGUGUGUUUUUAUAGAAGACGAGAUAUUUCCAAUACGCUUAUAAUGCUUGCGGACAAGCAUGCUAAGGAAAUUGAGGAAGAAUCUGAAACAACAGUUGAGAUCGACUUGACUGAUAAGCAGAAACACCAGCUGAAGCAUCGGGAGCUCUUCCUGUCCCGGCAGUAUGAAUCUCUGCCUGCAACACAUAUCAGGGGAAAAUGCAGCGUUGCCCUUUUGAAUGAGACAGAGUCCGUGUUGUCAUAUCUUGACAAAGAGGACGCUUUUUUCUACUCAUUGGUCUAUGACCCCUCCGUGAAAACAUUAUUAGCUGACAAAGGUGAAAUCAGAGUGGGUCCUAGGUACCAAGCAGACAUUCCAGACAUGCUCCUAGAAGGAGAAUCAGAUGAGAGGGAACAGUCGAAAUUGGAGGUUAAAGUUUGGGAUCCAAAUAGCCCGCUUACGGACCGACAAAUUGACCAGUUUUUAGUUGUAGCACGUGCCGUGGGGACCUUUGCUCGAGCCCUUGAUUGCAGCAGUUCCGUGAGGCAGCCGAGCCUGCACAUGAGCGCAGCUGCUGCUUCCCGAGACAUCACCUUGUUUCAUGCAAUGGAUACAUUAUACAGACAUGGCUAUGACUUGAGCAGUGCAAUUAGUGUCUUAGUACCACUUGGAGGACCUGUUUUAUGCAGAGAUGAAAUGGAAGAAUGGUCAGCCUCUGAAGCGAGCUUAUUUGAAGAGGCAUUGGAAAAAUAUGGCAAAGACUUCAAUGAUAUACGUCAAGACUUUCUCCCUUGGAAAUCAUUGACUAGCAUCAUUGAAUAUUACUACAUGUGGAAAACUACUGACAGAUACGUGCAGCAGAAACGUCUAAAAGCUGCAGAAGCUGAGAGUAAACUGAAACAAGUAUAUAUCCCAACUUACAGCAAACCAAAUCCCAACCAAAUAUCCACCAGCAAUGGCAAGCCUGGCACUGUGAAUGGAGCUGUGGGGAGCACGUUCCAGCCCCAGAAUCCCCUCUUAGGUCGCGCCUGUGAGAGCUGCUACGCAACACAGUCUCACCAGUGGUAUUCUUGGGGCCCACCUAACAUGCAGUGUAGAUUGUGUGCAACUUGUUGGCUGUAUUGGAAAAAAUACGGAGGCCUAAAAAUGCCCACCCAGUCAGAAGAAGAGAAGUUGUCUCCCAGCCCAUCUGCAGAGGACGCCCGAGUUAGAAGUCACCUGUCCCGGCAGGCCAUGCAGGGAAUGCCAGUCCGAAACACGGGGAGCCCGAAGUCUGCAGUGAAGACCCGCCAAGCUUUCUUCCUGCACACGACGUAUUUCACAAAAUUUGCUCGUCAGGUCUGCAAAAAUACCCUCCGGUUGCGGCAGGCAGCAAGACGUCCGUUUGUUGCUAUUAAUUAUGCUGCCAUUAGGGCAGAAUAUGCAGACAGACAUGCCGAACUAUCCGGAAGUCCGCUGAAAGGCAAAAGCACUAGGAAGCCUUUGGCAUGUAUCAUUGGGUAUUUAGAGAUCCAUCCUGCGAAGAAACCUAAUGUAAUUCGAUCUACACCAAGCCUGCAGACCCCAACUACCAAGCGGAUGCUAACCACCCCGAAUCACACAUCUCUCAGCAUUCUGGGGAAAAGAAACUAUAGUCAUCACAAUGGCCUGGAUGAACUCACGUGCUGUGUGUCAGACUGAGCUCCCCCCGUUGCACCCCGCCGUCCAGACUCGAUGCCGUCCUGCUGAUGUUCACAGCUGUGCCUGGGAAGGAGGCAGCCCGUUGGCGGGGACCUCCCUGUGCCCUGCUGGGCAGGGAAGGACCUGUAGGCGUACACCUUGUGCAUCCGCGCCUCCAUGUGUGGACCUCGCUGCGCUUCCCCCUCCGAGACCUCGCUGUCGCUGUCCGGGAGCAGAGCUGCCUGAGCACCAAGGGGAGGGGAGCCACGCCACCCCUCGCUGCUUUUCAGGGUCCCACUCCCUGGAGUGGCGGUCUGCAUGCGUCAUGCUCUGCUUUGUGCUGUGUAAUUAUGUACAGGAGGGACACGGCACCCGUCUGAGUGGAUGCUUCCUAAGAAACGUGCCAGUGUUUACGCAGUCCUUGGUGUUCCCUGUCUCUGCUGUUACUGUCUCAGCUUCCCCCAUAGGCUGCUUUUUCCGCACAGGGGAAGUUUUACUCCAGCCCUGCCGCGUCCUGCCCUCCACCCUGCCCUCUGUAUGCAGCUGCCUGGCUCUGAAGGGAAGGGAGCUCAUGCACCCGUGGGCUGUGAGGGAAGGAUCGCCUGCAGCCUGCGGGCUCUUCUCAGCGUCUCCGUCACUAGAGAGAGGCGGUGUCCUGCUCCGCUCCGCGUGGUCCCCCAACAGCUCCAAGGAGAGCAGCUGUUCAGUGCGCCAGGCGUGCAUCUCACUGUGACAAAGCCAUUUGCUUAUGGCCCUGCUUCCUUACAGACAAGCCGGCUAAUGCGGAGCCAUCUCCAGGCGGGGCCUCCAGCAGGAUGCAGAUCACCCCAGUUUAUUUUAAGCAGAUAGACAAGACCGUUGGUGUCAGCAGGGCUAGUGAGAGAACCAGGAUUACGAGCGUGAGCGUGCGGAUGCCCGUGCUCCCUACCCCUCUGGCCCUGUAUUUCUGCGAGCAAAUGUGCCUAGGCCCAGAGCCCCCCGUUUGAUUGGUAUGGGCUCCUCCUGCCUGCCCUGGCACCAGCCCUUGGGGACAUUCCAGCUGGUCACAGAGCUGCGGGUGUCAGAGCAACUCAGUACCCGGUUAGUUCCUGAGCAGACUGAGCCCGGCCACUUCCCUCUCUUGGCGGGCACAGGCUGCCGGGCACAGGGUCUCAGCCCGUGAAAGACAACUGGCACCUGACCACCACCACCCUGCCUUCUCAGACAGCAGCCGGGUGGCCAGUGAGGCGCCCCGGACGGGCUGUUGCAGAGCAGAGUGGCCACAGUUGUAUUGCCCCUCCUCCCAGGAACAGUGAGAGAGCACGAAACGAUGCUCAUGUCCCCCAAGGCGGGCUCAGCCCAGCAGAGAGCGGGAUGUGUGUCUGAGGACUGGUGUCGGGUGCAGGCUGCCUGGUCCUUUCGCGGUUGUGCAGUCACCUUGGCUCAUCUGAGGAGCAGCUUUUCAUCUUAGCCUUCCGUGCAGUUGACGGGGCAGGGGUGUUCUCCCCACUGCUGUCUCUGGGAGCUGUCCUGGUCUUGGCUUGGGGCCCCCGAGGGUGGGACUGUGACAGGGGUGUGCUGUGAGAGACACGGGGAGGUGGCAGGUACUUCCCAGAGGGGUCCCUUCCACAAAGACCCCAGAAGAAGAGGCAGCUGGCCCCUGGGGUGUUUAUCCUCUGAAGAAAAAGGGGAGCCAGGGCCUGGUCUGUGCCCGCCUGGGCCCCUGCCCUGUGGUCACGGACAGACGGGGAGGUGACUGCCUGUUCACUGCCCUCUCCCGACUCCCACCACACGGUGUGUGCUGGCCCUAGGAACAGCUGGCCCCGUCCCCUGGAGCGCAUGCUGCUGUCUGCACCCCUCUCCCUGUGCGGGGAGACCUUUCACCCAGGCCCAGGCGAUCUGGGGUCAGGCCAGAGGAGGAGCGGCGACGUCACUCCCGCCCCAUUCACAGUUAGCUUCGGGAAACAUGCAGCUCGUUUGGAGCUACUCAUGCCAGCAAGGCCGUCCCUCGCCUUGUUAGUAGGAAGGAGCUCUUGGUUUUGCAGGUCCAGCCCCUGGAAGGUGACGUGGCAGAGAUCUCAUGUUCUUGUUUCGUCUCCGGAAAGCUCUCAGGAGGCCUUGCAGUGGAACUGUCCGGGAAAUAGCAGCAGCUGCCAAGGGGCCCCGUUCCUUGCCUUUGGCCAUCUGAGCACCUGGUGCUGGAGGACUUUCCCGUGAGUCAUGCCCUUUCUGGAGCUGUGACGAGGGGCCAGUGUGUCAGUGGAGGGGCUAUGAGGGAGGGAACCAGGGUCACCAUGGUACAGCGAGUGUGCGUGGACACGCGCAGUGCUCUGCACAGCCCGAGUCACAUGUGCCUUGGCUCGGGGCUUCCUGUGUGAGGACACGAGCUCUGCAACAUCUCCUGUGUCGUUCAGUCAUUGCCGCCACCCCUGACGUCCCGAAAGAGGAUGGCAGGCAGGAGACUACUGCUGGAACCUCUUGCGGUUCUACCUUUCCCACAGACUGGGGCCCAGCCAGGAAGCAGGAACCACAGUAUGUAUUUAAAUCGAGCAGUUUUAAGCCAGAGAUUUGUUUGUCACAGAACAAGGGCUGAAAUGGGAGCUGAGGCAACCUAGAGGUUGCCAGGGAGCUGCCAGCAUCCCUAGGCGACCUGGACAGAGGGAGGAGGUCAUGUUACCAGAGGCCAGAGCCGCAGGCCGCCAGGUGGGGCCUAGGGCCACGGAGGCCCCUCUGGUAGGACCUGGAGCCAUAAGGAGGCAGAGUCCCUGUCAGAAACACCCCCAGGCCGAGAGGGGGAGACAGCUGACCUCCCUCUUCCUCUUGGCUUUUUAGCUGAUGCACGGCCCCCGGGCCUGGGACAGCCGCUUUCAGGGUCUGCCCAGCGCGCAGCAGGGGGUGGAGGGGGCAUGCGAGCCCUGGCCUUGCCCUGCUCUGUGUCCUGUCUGAGUCUGGUGCUUUUUGCUCCUGUCCAGAGAUCCUGCUAAGGGAGACAGGAUCGGGCCCCUCGGGGUUUCCCAGAGAGGAAAGUGCUUUGGGAGGGAGGGGGAGCAUUUUUCCUUCGCGCGUCUUCCUGCUGUCCCUCAGGAACGCCAUGUCCUGCUUUUCUGUGUAGCCCUCUGUCCCUCUCUUGAGCAUCUCCUGUUUUCCUGGCCAGUGGUCACUGUCCCCGAGCACGCCUCAGUGCCCGGAGCGCUUCCCCAGGUUGGCGGGUUCCAGCGUGGUCUCCGUGUGGACUCUCUGUACAAAGAUGCUGUCUACUAAUCAGUUUGUAUCGUGUUUCCAAUAAAUUUCUGGAAAUUCU